CUGCAGUACUUGGCCCUACUACUAAUUGUUCAAGAGUGUGAAAGUUUGAUUGAUACCCGUCAUCGUUUCAGUUUAAAAAAAUUACCUUUUGAUUUAAAGCAGCAAAUUAUGAAUGAAUGUAAUUCAUCAUUUGUCAAAUAUUAUGUAGCAGCCCGUCAAAAGUUGGAAUUGAAUGCAAAGGAGAAGACUACAUGUCCUGUUGAAGUCCAAAAUUGCGUUCUAUCGAAAACAAAUCCAUUUUUGGGAAAAUGCAACAUUCAAUGUGAAUACAUUGGGAAUAAAGCAAAAUUUAACGUUGACUGCUGGAAUGAUGAUUGUUUACGACGUUUCUCUCGUGUUUGUGAAGACAUAUUCUGGCGCAGGAUAAGAACAAGUUCUACCGAGAAGAAGAAAAUUAGAUGUAAAAAGGAACUUAAGCAUUGUUAUUCAUUAGCAUGCUUAAAAUGUCUGGGUCGAGAGUGUACAUUUAAAUGCUAUAACAAGGGCAUUCGAUUCCACCAGCUUCUGGAUCCACAAUGGAAAGGCUUUUCUGAGUAUAAAAAAUACUUUCCUGAAGUUGAUGAUAUCAUUCAACAAAAUACUAUUAUUGAAGUAAAAGAACAAAUUGACGAUGAUGAUGAAUAA